CACGGCCGACGAUUACCGUCAGAAUACCUUCAUAACGACACCAGGACUACGUACGGAUACUUUGACUCGGGUCGUCCGAUGGGAUAAGCGAACGUGGCUCCGUCUCAUCUGCAUCUGCAUCUGCAUCUCUCUCCAUCUGCAUCUCCAUCUGCACAUCCGUCCGCCUUCGAGUCUUCAACACCUCCAUCCGACGACUUCCUAUCGCUCCCUUGCUUUCAAACUGAAACCUUCGCGUUCUCGAUCAUCCGUCCAUCACACUCCCCAUCGUUGCCAUCGCCAUCAGGCCCCCCGUCUAUGGUCAUAUCUUCUUCCCUCACAGGACGGCAGGAUAGGACAAUGCCCUGAUCGUCGCGAUUCACUAGAAUUGCGCCUUUCUUUCUCUUUUUUUUCCCACCUCAUCGUCUCCCCCCUCCCGCUGCCGAGGGCCGCGUGAACCAACAUGGAGAAGUUUCCCGACCUCGUCGACUCCGAGUUUACCACAUCCCAUGGAGCUAGAGGUGUCAGCCCCAUCAGGGUACACGGCAUCGUCGCCCCCAACGGCUCGGACACACCCCGCGAUCGCUGGCUUCCUAGGCGCGAUAGCCGCACCGUACGAUGGGACGCGUCGGGCCAACCACUCCAACUCCAACUCCAGGGCCCGCCGGGCCACGGUCACGCCCGUGCUCAUUCACGCCAGAAGAGCCUCACCGAGGCCUUCCGAACAAUACGGUCCCGACGUGGUAGCGUGACCCAGAACGCUCAGGAGAUUGCAGAGGCUUUGCGGGCCCCCGUGUCCCCGACCCUGAUUAUCCUCUGCCUCAUGUGGUAUACCUCGUCUGCCUUGACCAACACAUCGUCCAAGUCUAUAUUGACGGCUUGGUCGAAGCCCGCGACCCUCACCGUCAUCCAGUUCGCCUUCGUAUCCUCCUACUGCCUCUUCUCCUCCUGGCUCGCCUCGGUCUUCCCCGCCCUCAAGACCCGCGUGCCGGCGCUCAAAUACGCCAUCCGCCCCCCGACGCGCGAUGUCAUCUUGACCACCCUCCCACUCGCCGCCUUCCAAAUCUUCGGCCAUCUCCUCAGCUCUUCGGCCACCUCCCAGAUCCCCGUAUCUCUCGUCCACACCAUCAAGGGCCUCUCGCCCUUGUUCACCGUCCUGGCCUACAGAUUCGUCUACAACAUCCGCUACUCGACCAACACCUACCUGUCCCUCAUACCUCUCACCCUGGGCGUCAUGCUGGCCUGCUCCGGAAAGCACAGCAGCCAGUACGGCGGUGAGCUCCUGGGCGUCCUCUCGGCCCUGCUCGCCACCAUCAUCUUCGUCACCCAGAACAUCUUCUCCAAACGCCUCUUCAACGAAGCCGCCAAAGCCGAAGCAGCCGGCAUGUCGGCCCGGUCGAGGAAGCUGGACAAGCUGAACCUGCUCUGCUAUUCGUCCGGCAUGGCCUUCGUCCUGACCCUCCCCAUCUGGUUCUGGUCCGAGGGCGUCGGCAUCGUGCAGCGUCUCCUGCGAGCCAGUCCGGCCGAGCCGGCGGCAGGCUUCGACCACGGCCGCCUGGCCCUCGAGUUCUUCUUCAACGGGACCUGCCAUUUCGGCCAGAACAUCCUGGCCUUCAGCCUCCUCUCCAUCGUCUCCCCCGUGACCUACUCGGUCGCCAGCCUCAUCAAGCGCGUCUUCGUCAUCGUCAUCGCCAUCAUCUGGUUCCGGAACCCCACCACCAUGGCCCAGGGCGUCGGCAUCGCCCUCACUUUCCUGGGCCUGUACCUCUACGACCGCACCCACGACCGGGACAAGGCCGACCGCAAGGCCCAACUCAUGGAGAUCAAAGAGGAGCCGCUGCUGCCCCUCGAUACGAACAGCGCGGGUGGUAGGUCGUCGUCGUCCAGCCAGAGCCCCCGUCUGUUUGAGAGCCCGUUGCCCACUUCGGCGGGUUUCAGGCCGAACGGCGACGAUUCUUUUAAGAAGACCGAUGGCGCUGGGCUGGCGGCCGGCGCCGCUGUGUGGCUUGCUCCGGGGACCAAACAGGAAGAUACCUGGCGGGCAGGCGACAGGAAGGUCGGGCUCUGAGUCGCUGUUAUCACGCCGGCCGUGUAUUUGUGUCUGUUUACCUUGUUGUUCUUCUUUUUUUGGUUCUUUUUUCUUUUUUUCUUCUUCUUCUUUUAUAUUAUCAUUACUGUGUUGUUUCUCUCCGUCAACAUCUCCCAAGCCAGGCGCAGGAUGGGAGUUUGAAAGACACGCAUGGAGACCGACCUACCCUCGGGCAUGCGGUUCGACUUGGCCAGUUGGCGUCCUGGUUAAGACCGUUAUGGGGUGAAAAAGAAAGGGCCCGCCUAGAAAAAAAUAGAAAAAAAGCAGACAAAUUAUGAGAAAAUGCCAACUAAACGAAUGUCUGAAUGCGGACGGGAGGAAACGAAAGAUAGUGCAUUGGCGUUUUCGAACUUUCGGGGGGCGAUGGUUUCGACGACU